AUGCAUUUCUCGCUCACCUCUCUUCUCCUGCUGGGAGCCAGUGCUCUGGUAUCCGCUAGCUCUUUGACAAUUACCAUCCCUGUCUCUAGUUCACUCCCAAACCCCCACGUCCUCCCCGCAACUAGUCAUGCCACGCUCACCACACUCCCCUCCGGAGAGAAAGAACACACCUUGUCGGCGUCGCUGACCCGCUCGGCGACAUUUGUCUUCCACGAUCUCCCUUCCUCUAGUUUGGAUGCUCAGCCGGAGUCCUAUUUGCUCGAUAUCCGCUCCGCGGGCGACUAUGUCUUCGCCCCCUACCGCGUCGAUGUUGCGGCUGAUGGGACUAUACUGGGGAUCUGGGAGACUUUCCGCGGGAACCCGUGGGAUAAUCGGGGGACAGAGAAAUACAUUGUGGAUGUUGCUGGGAAGAAGCAGCUUGAUGUGGUGGUCGAGGCUAAGGUCAUUGGUCGCAAGGUCUUCUAUGAACAACGUGCUAAAUUCUCCCCAUUGAGUCUUGUCAAGAACCCAAUGGUCUUGCUUGCUGUUGUUGCUAUGGGUCUCAUGUUUGCGAUGCCUAAGCUCAUGGAGAACAGUACGUCUAUUGCCGUGUCCGCUUUCUGUCUCAUUGUAUACAUUUCGUCUAACCUAAACGCUUUAGUGGAUCCCGAAAUGCGCGCCGAGUUCGAGCAGCAUUCCCGCGCUUCACCCAUCACUGGCGCCACUAACAAUGCUAUAGCAGGGGGAGGAUUCGAUCUGGCCGGCUGGAUGGCCGGUACUGGAUCUCCUAGCCCUGCAGUCAAUGCCGCGGGUCCGGCUGGUUCAACUGGAAGAGAUACCAGCGGCACUGCUCGGAGGCGUGGAUAG